UUGUGUAUUUUAUUGCUGCCUUCAAUUUAAAGACUUUAAAUGUUUUUUUUAAUACGUGAAGACGCUAUAUUUACCCCCUGAAAAACUUAUAAAAUGCUUCAAAAAUGUUCAGUGCUGAAGCAUAUUACAUAAGCAUACAAAUGUAUCUAUGUGAAAUGUAGCUGAGUGCUAUUUAAUUUUAUUGUUUUUUUUAAUAUUUAAUAUAUCCCAGCUGAUUUUGGGCGAGAGGCAGGGUACACCAUGGACUGGUCAAAUUUUGUAUUACAACAAAAUAAACAAGAAAAACAGAAGUUAAAGGGCGGGGCGGUUGUAGGUGUACUGCUACACUUUGGCGUGUGACGUCACAAAUUGCGCAAUGAACAGGAAUGCGUAGGAGGCGUCGACGUUGUAAUGAAUUUAUGAGGGAAAUUACUUCUACCGACUCGUACUCGUCUCACAGAAACCCGCAGUCCCGCCUCGGCAUAAGCAGCACACCUGGGCAGAAGCACCACCGGAGCUCCUACGGGCGGGAGAGCUCUCCAGGCGUCAUGGGUGAGGCACCAGUCAGAGACGAUGGCACUGUGAUACGAUCAGCCGAGUAUGUAGGCUCAUUUCCUGUGGACGACCGCUGUCUGGAUGAGCAGAUGGAGCAACUGCACAGGCACCUGAAGGCCCUAAAGGCAUGCAAAAGAAGCAGGCCCGUAUCCCUGAAGUUUUCCAUCAAAGGCGUGAAGAUGUACGACGAGGACGAAACGACCCUCCUUAUGGCCCACGCUCUGCGGAGAGUGUCGCUUUCCACCGCCCAACCCAGCGAUGCCCAGUUUGCUUUCGUCUCACACAACCCAGGCAGCGCCGACGCCCAGCUGUACUGCCACGUUUUUAGAGCCAGACACGCCAGAGCUGCUCAGUUCCUGAACCUGCUGCUGUGCCGCUGCUUCCAGCUAUCCUAUUUGGAGAAGCACCCUGAGGAGGCCCAGGAAGUCUCUUCUGGCUCUAUGCCUCGACGCACCCCAUCACUUCUCAACCACGGCUUCCCGCUCAGUGUCAGCGCCCUGGUGUCUUUCAGAAGAGCUCCGUUUCGGGGAUUGAUGUUUGGCUCAAAGAAACACAAGUCCUCUGGCGAGCAGCAUCACAGCAGCCAAGAUGAGGUCUUCCCCACCUCCUCCCCCUCACUGGUGCGCAAGAAAGCCAUACGCAACAAGGGACUGCGCUCGGGGGCAUACCGCUCAUUCACGUUCACGCCACUCAAACAGCGCACCGUCCAGGAGCGUCUGAGUGCGUCACAAGAAAAGGAUCAAGACAAUACACCAGCAAGAAGAUCCCGGGCGCCGAGCUUAGCCGAAACGGAGGAAGCACUGGCUCAGGCUGUGUGGUGCUGGGCUGGUAUUGCAACUGACAACAGCUACUCCCUCCUGGCCGAUGAUGUCCUGGGAUCAUACCUCCUGUGUCCACAUCCCAAGAAACCCAAAGCCGGCUCCCUCAUCAUCCGCUUCCCAUCUGGCCUCAUCACCCACCUCAUUGAAAACAACCGUAAAGGGAAAUUCCUGUUGGAGAAGUGCAAAGCUGAACACAAUUCCAUUGCAGAGCUGAUUGAACAUUAUACAGAGAAGCAGGAUGAGCUGCCCUGCCUGCUGAGCUGCGCACGGGUCAACCACUGUUACGAGUGGGAGGAAGACGCCGUUGGCCUGCAGGCUGAGGAGCCACACAAGAACCUGAACAAAAGCAGAUUGAGGAGGACAAUGAAAGGAAUGGGGCAAAAGACCAAACGCUAGAACUUAUCGACUGCCAACAGCUAACAGAAUUACACUAUUUUUUCCCUUUUGCACAUAUAUUUAACAUAUUUACUUUUUGGUGUGGUGGGAGGUUUCUAAGCGUUAUAAACACAAUGCACCUUUUUACUGUGUUGGCACUUCAAGUAUGUAUAAUAUGCAGGUCACUUUGUCAAAGCUCUUACGUUCUGUACUUGUUGCUUUUAUGUUUUUAUGUAUGUGUAUUUUUACUCCAUAGUGUUUUUAAGGCAUGAGCCUUCAUAGUGUUCGCUAAAUGUUGUUACACCCAAUGGCAACGCUGUUUUUCUCUGCAAUGUCAGGAUGUAGCAAAUAUAUUUGUUUAAAUUGAA